AUGAGUUUUACUUAUACGCACCGUUGCAUCGCGCUCGCAUUUUCCUUCGUUGUCCUUCUCAAUUUCGAACCCAUCUCUGCAAACGACAUCGUUUCAAGAACCUGCGAGACAUCCGCCGCAAGGGAUCCGAACGUCCGCCUCGACUUCUGUCUCCGGUCUCUCGCCGCUGCUCCUGGAAGCGACACGGCGGACCUUUACGAACUCGGCGCGAUAUCGAUCAGGUUGAUCGGAAGGAACGCGACCAGUACGCAGCGGUACAUCGAGCGAUUACUGAAGAAUGAGAAGAAGAAAUCGUCCUCAGAUUCCUACAUUAGGCCGCGGUUGAGCGAUUGUGAAGAGCUGUAUUCUGACGCUGUCGAGACGGUGGGCGAAGCGGCGGCGGAGUACGGACGGAAACGGUAUGAUGAGGUGAAUGUGAAGUUGAGUUCGGUUAUGGAUGCAGUUACGACUUGCGAGGACGGAUUUAAGGAAAUGGAGAGUAGAGUUUCGCCAUUGACGAAGCGGAAUGGCGAUGUGUUCGAGUUAGCCGCCAUUGCGCUCUGUAUUCUUGACUUACGUCCUUAA